AUGCAUGCUUUUGGUGAAGUAAAAUAUACUGGACACGAGGAAUUGACAGUAAGAGUAGAAAGUAAUGGAGCUGUAUCGUGGUCAAUUCCAAACCUUUACGAAAGUACAUGUCAGUUCGAUUUGUCAAACUACCCUUUUGAUUCUCAGACCUGUACGGUACCGUUCUACGUGACCUUAUUCCGACCAUCAGAAAUAUUUUUUAAUAUAUCACGUAAUAUCGCAAACAUGUUGAUAUACAGCCCAAAUGGACUGUGGGAUGUCACAGAAACCCAAAUUUACACCACAAUUAACGCAAUCCAAUUUCAAGAGGUUCGCCUAACCGUUAGUAUGAAAAGACGAUCUGCCUACUAUAUAUCUAGUUUAAUCCUUCCAAUCUGUUUUCUUUCCUUCCUCCAGUUAUUUGUCUUUAUGAUGCCGCAUGAGUCUGGUGAACGUGUUGGAUUUGCUGUCACCGUCUUGUUGGCUGUUGCUGUCUAUCUGACGCUCGUACAAGACAAAUUGCCAGAGGAUUCACAGCCAAGCGUGGCCUACCUUAGCUACAAACUUUUGGUUGACUUUAUUAUAGGUAUAUUCAACGUGGUGGGAGUUAUAAUGGGAUUGCGCUUUUAUCAUCGCGAGGAGGUUGAUGUUUCUAAGCUUUCACAGCUGUUUUACAGAGUAAUGUUCCGCCAAAGUUACAGAAGGAAAGUUAGAGACGUUGAAAAAUUAUCUGCUGAAGAUGUUACUGGGAUCAACACCACGUACGCAUUGACGUGGAAGGACAUCGGUAUGGCCAUCGAUCGCUUCUGUUUCAUUUUAAGUGGUCUUUCCCUGGCAUUGUGUAACUUAGUUUAUUUCAUAGUUGUUGCAUCAUGA